GCGGUGGCGGAGCCCAGACCGGGGGUACUUGAGUUUGUGAUUGUGGGGUACGUGGACGGGAACCUCAUCUCACGCUACGACAGCGAGACCAGGAGGGCAGUGCCCCGGGCGGACUGGAUGGCGGCCAACCUGGGCAAGCAGCACUGGGACACCCAGACCCAGAUGGCACAGGAACGUCACCAGGUUUUCCGUGUGGACCUGGAGACGCUGCGGCGCCGCUACAACCAGAGCAGGG